AUGGCGUCCCUUGUGAAGCUGAUGGAAAAGAAGAUGCUUCAAUUCGACGUGACAUUUGCAACGUAUAUGUUUACGCCGAUGGAGAAGUUCUUUUUCUGUAAGUCUUUGUCCUUCCUGUUCUUCGCCUACUUAUCCGGCGUUCCCUUUUUCUAA